AUGUUUAUUGCCGAGAGUGUAUGGAUGCCUUUGGCAUACAUGCUUCUCUGGCUUAUCAACUGGUCGACUCCCCUCGUCCGCUUCGCGCUGGCUCCUCUUUUCUACGCCUUGCAAGAAGCGCACCAGCUCCGCUAUCAUUUUGUCGUUUUUAGACAGUACUGCCCCGUGCCUGAAGAUCCUAUUGGUGCCAAAGUCUGGGAGCUCGUCUUUGACUUGCUCGAUAAGUUCCCGGCCAGUACUGGCUCCCUCUUUCUUAGGUCUGCGACCGUCUGCGCUAUCGUUGCAGUCUACCUAUUUGUUUUCGCGUUUGGCGUCUGCCGCACUUUUAAGUCAGCAUACAAGUUCUGCUAUCCUGCGGUUGACAACCACCCCACCCGUUGGCGAAUCAUUCGCAAAUCCGGUUCAGCUAUACUCGCGGCUUCAGUCGCCUGUGCUGCUGCCGCGUUUAUGCUAUACUCCGUCGCGGCGUUCUUACUCCCAGAACUCACAAAGCACUGGAAGCCCGCGCUUCUGUGCAUUGAAAGAGCGCUCUAUCUUGUCCCUUGGCCAGCGACCUACUUUCGCAGCCACCCCGUCGUUCUCCUGCACGAAGCCUACAGCCGGACGCACUACGCCCCCGGCACCGUCUACCGCGUGGCUCGGGCUUUGAACGUGCCGUCCCAUGUGAUUAUCUUGCGUCAUUUGCGGAUUAUGAUGCUCUGGGUUGUCUUUUCUGCGGAGAGUUUGUAUUUUGUCAAACCUAUCGUGCGUCGGAUUUUGCAACUUGCGUACAGUUGCGGAAUCGAGGGCAUGCAGUUGGCCACAGUCGGCAGCACAUCUGCUGUCAAAUUCCUCCAUAGAGUUCCCCAAUAUCGAUCCAGCGUGCUCGGCUGUUUCGAAAAGUACAAAAAGCUUGUCGUAGGACAAGUUUCAGCGCUCGUCACCGAUGUCAUGAUCAGAUCGAUCCAGACAGUGAUGAUUGUGAUUCAGGACAUUACUCCGCCGUCAAAGACAGUAUCGGACAAAGUACAAGCCUGUAGCCAUACCGACAACAGUUCUGAGAAAUUACUAGAUCUGAUGACCGAGCUCGCGAGUCUAAGAGAAACGCUAUUGACUGAGAUUAGCAAGACUCGUGACGUGCAGCCUGCUGAGGACAAGUCUGAGAAGAUAUUCGAUUGCAUGAACGAGCUCGCGAAGGAUCUUGGCGGAAAGAUGAGCGAGAUCACCAAUGUUCAGGUCUGUCAUCAUUCUAUUGAGGAGGGGUCCGCCAAGCAGUUGGAUCAUAUGAACGUACUUGCCAAAGAUCUUAGAGAGUGCUUGACGGCUGAGAUCAGCAAGACGAGAGAAGUUCAGCCUGCUGAGGACAGUUCAGAGAAGCUUUUCGAUAGUAUGAACAAGCCUGUCAAAGAUCUUGAGGAAAAAUUGAUGAACGAGAUCAGCAAGAAGCACACCGUCGAACCUGCUGAAGAUGCUUCGGCCAAACAAGUUGAUCUUAUGAAGAAGCUUGUCAAAGACCUCGAGGACAGAUUGACGAACGAGAUCAGCCAGACGCGAGAGGUUCUGCCCGCUGAGGACAAUUCAGAGAAGUUUUUCGAUCAUAUGAAGCAGCUCGUGGGAGGUCUCAAAGAACAGCUACUGGCUGAGAUCAGCAAGAGGCACACAGUCGAACCUGCUGAAGACGUUUCGGCCAAGCAAGCUGAACUUUUAAACAAGCUUGUCAAAGACCUUGAGGAAAGAUUGACGACCGAGAUCAGCAAGACGCGCGAUGUUCAGCCUACGGAUGACGGGUCUGCACAGAAACUGGAUACUCUGAGUCAGCUCAUCAAAGACCUCGAGGACAGAGUGACGACUGAGAUCAGCAAGACGCGUGAUGUUCAGCCUACUGAUGACGGAUCUGCACAGAAACUGGAUCUUCUGAACAAGCUCAUCAAAGACCUCGAGGAAAGAUUUAUGAACGAGAUCGGCAAGACGCGCGAUAUCAAAGUUACUGACGACGGGUCCGCGCAGAGACUGGAUACUCUGAACCAACUUGUCAAAGACCUCGAGGGAAAAUUGAGCGUCUCGUUGACGCAACCAGAUCAGAUUACCAGGCUCGUUGAAGAUCUCGGCGACAAGUUAACGGCCGAGAUCAGCAAGAUCCGCGAUGGACAACAAGCUACCGACGCCGGUCUCAGAAAACAAGCGUCAGAAAUUAUCGACGUCGUUCGCGAUGUGCGAGAAAGCCUUGCGUCCGAGAUCGCGGAGGCGCGCGAGGAUAUCGAGACGCUAAAGACCGAACUGAGCGCAAGCCAGCAAGAAAGCCAGGCAAAGAUGUACGGCGACAAUCUUGAUUUAUCGGUUUGGCUUGACCAGAAUGCGAAAAGGCGCGAGUCUGAGCAUGCGGAGGAGGUGUGGAGUCUUAAGCUGCAGGUUGAAGAGAGCACGCGUCGGUUGCAGGCGAUUGAGGGGAUGCUUAGCGUGUCGGGAAAGACGCAUACACCUCCAGUUUCGGAACCGGUUUCUGAGCCGAGCCGGUCUUCGUGGUUGUCUGAGAAUUUGCCGGACGCGUUCGAUAUCGCGCAGCACUAUUCGAUGACUGACGCGUCUUCUGAAGUCGACAGUGUCACGCGUGAGAAGGCGCGUUCUGAAGAAGACGUAGGAUCGCCUUGUCGGGCGGUGUUUGAAAGUCCUGCGUCGGAUUUGUCGACGAGUUCGUUGCUAAAGUCUGUGUUGCACAGCUACGACGAGCAGGAGGCGGAGCCGUCAACGCAAGAGAACACGUCUGCAUCUUUUGAGCAAUCAGUGACGGUCGACGAAAUUGCGCCGAGAGAGGUAGCCAGGUCGAUUGUGGGCGAAGAACCAGAUUCGAUCGACAGGUUUCUAGCCAAAGUAGCUACGGGCGGCGCGAUCCGGCAGCGUCGUCGGCGGCCUACUGUUUUGAACAAGAGUGCAGACGCGGACUCGGCUUUUGUUCCUGCUGAUGAGGCUGGCGAGUGCUCGGACGGCAGUGGACGACGGCGACGACGGAUGGUGACGGUGAAGGCUGAUGCGGGGUCUGGGUUUGCCGCUGCUGGUGAUGUUGCUGCUUGUGACGUUGCUGCUGCUGGUGAUGACGACAUGUCUGUGGACAAAUCCAGCAUAAAGAGUCGAAAGGGACCUCCGGUCGCGGCAAAGUCUUUGAAAGCAAGCAAUUUCGUGCCGGUUGGUAGUCCUGCUGUCGACGGAGACGGGAAGGAGGUGGUUUGA